AAGAAAUGGAGAUACACGUUUCUGGGAUCAAACCCGACGCACAAGACGCGGCUAGAGUGGUAUCUGCAGCAGUACAAGCGGGAAGCGCGGCACUUGGUGCGCUUCGUCGUAUCAAUAUCGUUCUAAAAGGGAAUACACGACGAGAUGUCGAGAAGGGAAACGAGGUUUUAAAGGAAAUAAAGGACAUCAUUAGGAUCCCACUUACAUUCAACGACACCCACUCUGUACUGGUACGCCACAGGUGGGCAUAUUACGAGUAUGAUCACCGCGCACUCUACGACUACGAGAUGGACGAGGGUAGUGGCUGGACGGACUGGAAGGCAUAG